UCUAGACCGUCCAGGAAAACAUCCUCAGCCUCAGGCACGGGCAGUGAGCACCUCCCCAUGGCCCUCCUCGACUCCCCCGCCUCAAAACACACCAUCACGCGUCUGAAGACAACCUCGCUGCCGUCUGAGGCAUAUGUUCUGUCCAUAGUCUCCCUGCCGUCUUGCUACGCGUUGUCCGCGUCUUCACCAGACAAUGCGAUCCAUCUAUUCGACAAGUCGCGGCUGGACAGUGUGCGCACCUUCGCUGGGCAUGAAGGGGCUGUUACAUGUCUGCGCUCCGCGUCAAGCUUUGCCGGAUCAGUGUCGCCGAUUCUCUUGUCCUGUGGCAAAGACGGAGUGGUCAGAGCAUGGGACGGCCGUUCUCCGAAAAACGAUCCCAUAAUGUCCGCCCUUACUGGCAUCCGACCUCGAGCCCUUCUGUCCUGUGACAUCUCAGUUGACGGUACAGUGAUUGCUGCCGGCACUGAGCUCCAAGGAGACGACGCGUCCCUGCUUUACUGGGACCCACGCAGUCCAGUGGCGCCCCUCCGGAUACACUCAUCCACGCACUCUGACGAUAUCACCGCCGUCCAUUUUUCGAAGACCUCACCAAGACACUUGCUUUCCGUCUCCUCAGACGGGCUUCUGUGCAUAUCAAAUGCAGAUGAGGUCGAUGAGGAUGAGGCUGGGCUGAAUGUCGGUAACUGGGGCUGCAGCAUAGCGCAGGCGGGGUGGGUACACACUCGAGCAGGCCCCCGGGGAUCUGGGCAUCGAGCGAUAUGGAAACGUUCAGCGUUUGGUCUGGGAGUUGGACCUGGUACAAGACACCGACAUUCGCCAACCUUCCAUUCAUAGGGGAGAGGAGUUCACCUGGGUGACAGAUUACUACGUCGGAUCACACAACCAUCAUACCAUCUCGCAUGGCUGGAUAACGAUCUUAACAUAUUCGUCGGGUCGAAUGAGGGAGACGUUGCGCUGCUGACUCGCUCUACCUUCAAAGAUCCAAGUGCUCCCUGGCUAUUGUCGCAUACAUGGCAGAAAGGACAUGUGGGCGUAGUUCGGUCGGUAUUAUGGGACGAAGAGGUAACUCUGCAUAUUCCUGUCAAGGUUCCGCGA